AGUGUGUUAUUAAGAGAUGGGGUUAAAAUGUGUGAAGAUGUGGCUGAUGUUGAUUUUGAUAUUUAUUUCUUUACAAGGAAGGAGGAUUGAAGGGUGUCUGAAGCAAGAGAGAUCUGCUCUCUUGCAACUUAAACAUUUCUUCAAUGAUCCUAACCGUCUUCAAAAUUGGUUUGAGGGAAAUGGAAAUUCAAACUGUUGUGAUUGGGAAAGUGUUAUUUGCAAUAACACAACGGGUAGAGUGAUCUCUCUUGAUCUUGAAUUCACAAGAAAUCGAGAAUUAGGAGAGUGGUAUCUAAAUUUUUCUUUGUUUUCUCCCUUCCUAGAACUGGAGACACUUGACUUAAGUGGCAAUCUCAUAGUCAGUUGCGUUGAGAAUGAAGGUUUUGAAAGAUUAUCACACUUGACUAAUCUCGUGGAUCUCGACCUUAGCUACAAUAUGUUCAAUGACAGCCAUGUUUUAUCAGCUUUGAGCCAACAUUCAUCUCUCANAGGAAAAAUAUCUUAUAUAUUGCAAAUAGAAAAUAUAAGAAAGAGAUAUGAGAAAGAACUGUUUUACUUUCUAAGGAGGCCCUUAUCUGAUUUGCCAAGGUGCUUGUAG